AUGUACAUUAAUGAUUCAGUAACAUGUAAAAAAAAAAAACUAAAACAUAAAACCUCCUUGGUCCAGGAUGAAGACAAGAAAUCCGGAACCGGCGACGGGCAGACAACGGAAGACGAAUCAUCCCAGGACUCGAAGGGUGAGUCGGCGCAAAUGGACGCGCAAGGUAACAACGUAGCGGACAAUAUAGAAGGUGACGCGAAAUCAACAACGGCGAACGGCAAAGAAGAUGACUGUCAGGGCGAAGACUCCAAGGAUGAUAGGGCUGUGAAGACGGAACACGCUAAGAAGGAAGAAAACGGUGAAACUCAUGAGGAGGAUGACAAAGAGGACUUGAAGGAAAAUGACAAAGGAGCUAAGAAGAUAGCUCCUAAGAAAAAACCCAAGAAAGAGGACACCGAAGAAGAGGAAGAAGAUGAGGAGGAGGAAGACGAGGAGGAAGAGGAUGAAGAAGGAGAGGAGGGGGAGGAGGAGGAUGAACAGAAGACGAAAGAGAAGGUAAAGAAACCAGUCAAGAAACCUAAAGACGGGGAGGAGGAAGGUGAUGAUGAAGAAGAGGGGGAGGAGGAGGGAGAGGAAGAAGAGGAGGAGGAGGAGGAAGAAGAAGCUCCUAAACCGAAACCCAAGAAGGAACCGACUGAACCCCCCGUACCACUACCAGCUGGGAAAGGAAUACCCUUGGGGCAUAUCAGCAAUGUUGAAGUGUCACUGUCGCGCUUCAAGACCCAAGACCAGAAGAUAUUGCACCAGUAUUUGUAUGGACAACUCUGCCUGGAUCGUAACGUCAAAAGGAACAUCAAGAAGUUCAAAGGCUACGAAUGGGCGAUCGGUUCAACGGAGUAUAAAGCUAAACUUGAAGAGACAGCCAAAAUGGAGCCGAAACAGUUGAGGACUAUGUGCGAAAUGUUGGAUUUAGAUAAAAAAGGUGGCGCCAGUGAGCUAGCAGCUCGUUUGGUAGGUUUCCUCCAGCAGCCGGUAGCUAAUUCCCCCCACGCGCGUGGAGUCGCUCGCCCCCCUACCACGCAAGCAGCCACGCCCGGCGGACGACCGAGGCGAUCAGCGGCCGUUAAGAUACAUAACAGAGGCUACUCGGACGAGGAGUAUGAAUCUGACCCGGAGACGAAGGUGAAGGGUCCUAAGCAGCCCAAGGAUGGCUCGGAGGACUCUGAUGUAAGUGGCUCCUUCAAUCCGAGUGGUUCUGAGGCGGAUUCUGACUUCGACCCUGAAGGUGGGGAGGGUGUUAGCGGAGCCGCGCGCAAGAGGAAGAGCUCCGGACGACGUCGGUCCAGCAAGGGAAAGAGGGGGCGCAAGAGCAAGGGGAGGAAGAAGGGUGGCAGCAGAGGGCGCGGCCGGCGGGCUCGCUCAGACAGUGAGGAUGAGAGUGAACGCUCCGACAGUGAGAGCGACGUAGACUCGGCCAGCGACGGAGAUGAGUCAGAUGAGCCGAAGUCCAAGCGUGGUCGGCCCGCGGGGUCUGUGUCUAAGGGUCGUAAGGGCGCUGUGGCAAAGGCAAGCGCUAAGGCCACUCCCGCUAAACGGAAAGCGCCUACACCCACUGGUAAGAAGAAGGCUGGUGCCAAGCCAGUAGGCAGACCAGCCAAGAAGGGCAAGCGGGCGUCCUCUGAUGAAUCUGGAGAUGGAGAAGAAGGCAGCGAGGAAGAAGAUGAAGAAGGAAGUGAGGAAGAAGAGAGUGGAGAAGAAGACGAUGAGCCUACUGACAAGAAAGCCAAGCGUCCACCUACUGACGAGGAGAUUAAGAAGUACGUGAAGCAGAUCCUUGAGGGCGCCAACCUGGAGCAGAUCACCAUGAAGACGGUCUGCAAGCAGGUGUACAGCCACUACCCGGACUUUGACCUGGCGCACAAGAAGGACUUCAUUAAGGCUACUGUCAAAUCGGUGAAGUGUGUGUAA